UGAGAGAGGGAGAGAAUGUGUGUGUGAGAGAGAGACUGGCUUAGUUUUAGUGUGGAAACAAAUUUCCUUCGCAAUGGCAUCUAGAGCUGUCUGGCUCCUGUACUUCACCAUGGGCUCCUCCUUCAGCUUGGGGGCAGGGCCUCCAUAUGCUGGAAAGUCCAUCCAGUCAUUCAGUAAAGAUACUUAUGGACCAGUGGGAUCCACUCCCAGAAAGAUUAAGCCUCCAUUAAAAGGCAACAGCAUUGUGGGAGAUGAUCAUGCUGAGGACCAGCCACAGCCUCCAGGUGGCCUGCUGAGGGUGAAAGCAGUUGAUCCACAUCUGCUGUUCUUGGACAAAGGGAAAAAGGUUAAAAAUGCAGUAGAGAGCCACACAGUUUUGAGGAAACAACCUCUUCACCAUAUCAAGGGAAUUCCUUCUGAGAGCCACGAGGAGGAGACACUUCCUGCUGCUUCCUUCAGCCAAACCAACCGAAUGCAUACAAACAGGCUUCAAUUGGAAGCCACCAACAGCAUCUCUUCCUCUUUCUACCAGCCUGUUCAUUCCCGUCAUAAAGGCAGACUGCUGGCUGAAACCUAUGCUUUCAAAAAUGCACAGUCAGACAUCGGCAGUCUGUAUCACCUCAAUCGACCUGGCAAGGUAAAUCCCUCCCACAAACUCAGCAAUUCCCUGAGAAACAUGACCCUGCCCUCCUGGCUGACAAACCGGCAGACGUCGAGCUUGCUGCAUCACUUCACUGUAUUAAAGGAAGAAGCUGACAAUGCAGAGGUGUGCCUGACUGAUUGCCGGAGGGACAGAGAGGAGUUGGAAGCCUACUGUUCCAGUGAAUUUGUGGUGAAUGGGAUUGUUCAUGAUGUCAACGUGGUACAGAAAGGGAUGCGCUUGGUGGUGAUGUUGGUAAACACCAAUGGACUGUAUAAGAUUAAUCGCCUGUUCAUCAACCCUGAUGGCUUCUUCUUCCGAGUUCACAUUCUAGUUGUGGAUGCCUUCGAUUGCAGCAAACCCUGUCCAGACUUCAAACUUGGCAACAGAUACAUUGUGAUGGGUCACAUCUACCACAGAAGACGGCAAUUACCGAGAGCUCUGCAAGAGCAUCUCAGGGGGCAUCUAAGACCUGGAGAUGGCCUGCUUUGGAGUGGGAGUAGCUACGUGAAAAGGUUCAACAAGAGGCGGGAUCGGAAAAUUCAAGCAGCAGCUCAUCAUACCUGCAGAUGAAGAUGAAAAAACAGCCACGAUCCAAGCAAUUUGGGGGGUUUCCUGUUGCGGACAACCCCCCCCCCCCCCCCCCCCGCCUUUCAACCCAGUUUGAUAUACUUUGUCUAUAAAAAAUACUUAAUGGCAAAAAGUAGAAGGGUAAAGAGGCACAUGUAUUCCUAGGCCUAAACAGCCUUGGCCUAGAAACAGCCUAAAUCUGUUGCCCCCAGACAUGCAACAAUAUAUAUUCCAAGGCACUCAACUUUUCUGCAGACAUUUCUCACUUUUAAUGAGCAUCUACUUUGCUAUUUUAGCAAUAUUCUUUUUAAUCAUAUUAUUUCUGGGAGGGCGAGCAUUCAAUUAAAAUCUGAAUCUCUCAGCUUUUGGGCCUUUUCACAGGGUAAAAAUCAACAUGUCAUCAACAGUUCUUGCCGAAUACCUGGGCAAAUGCUGAUGUGAACAACAAAAUAUUACGAUAUACACUUCCUAACAAGCAUACUUUUGUUUGUUUUAUGCAGGAAUAUGAAACGAUCAUACUGUGCACCUUUCAUAUUAUGUUACUGAAUAAAUCAAUUCCCACUUCUUAAAACGGAAAUUGAGAUAUUCAGUUUCUUUAAUGGGCUUCAGAACAAGAUUCUGCCCUAUUAUGCAUUUAGUCUGACAGCAACUAUGAUUUAUCAUUUUGUGAGAUAAUCAAACCCUCAUAAUUAAUGUAAGAAAACAAAUCCAAAUGGUGUUUACAGUUGGUUCAAAUUCUGCUAAAUGUCGUAGCAUGACGAUCCUGCUUGCUAACUAAAAAGGCAGGUUUCCAAGUUUAUCAAGCAUACCAUAUUAAUUUUCAGAGUUCAUUGCCUACAGCCCUUUAUCAUUUUAGAGGGUGGCCAUGGUCUUAGAGACCAACAAGAUUUUCAGGGUGUAAGCUUUCGGGACUCCAAGCACACUUCAUCAGUCACAGUAGAAUAGAAGUGAUGAUCUGAGUCCUUUUAGCUUAGUCAGAAGGUGGGAAGGGUGAUGUAAAGAAUGAUCAGUAAGGAUGCAUAUGUACAAUGUAUAUUGUAUUCAGCUUUAUUAGAGCAGAGGGGAAAUACUUGGGGUCAGAAAAUUAGCAUCUGCUGUGAGAUAAAAGUCCUGUGCCCCCAUUCAGCCCUGGAGGGUCGACUGCUCUGAACUUGUGAAUUAGUUCACAUUCACAUAUACUUCUAUUUUACUAUGUCUGACAAAGGGAGCUGUGACUCUUGAAAGCUUACACCCUGAAACGUUUGUUGGUCUCGAAUCUAACUACGUUAUAUGGAUUUUGCUUUUUUAGAACUACAAGCAUUUACAACUGGAAAAAAAAUCCUUUUGCUUUCUGUUUAUUCAGAGAAAUCACUUUGCCUUGGUGCUUCAACCUUCCCUUGGCCACAAACAAAACUUGUAUGCUCAGAGUAAUCCUCUAUUCUAAAUGUAAUUCUCCCUUGCUGUGCAUAGCUCUCUCAGAGUAAGAAUCUGUUGUAAACACAUUCUAGUACUAAAACGUAAAGCGUAGGUUUUGGUACUGCAGUUGACUUACUAGAAUGUUUUAUUGUACAAUUGUGUUUUAAAUUUCUUUAAGCUGGCCUGAGCCUGACUUCAGUCGGGAUUAGGUGGAAUAUAAUUUAUUUAUUUUAAUAAAUAAAUAAAUCUAGUGCUUGCACGACA